UAAAGGUACCCUACGAGAAUAAUUAUUUGACAAAGACGUUGAACGACGUAAAUAUGACAAAAAUGUGAUAAUGUACAAAGUGUAAUUUAUCCUGGUCUUAUUUAAUUUAAGCCUGGCGUGUAAUUUGUAAUAAUAUGAAAAUGACAUUGAAAGGCGAAAAAGAAACAAAUAAUGACAACGAAAAUGACAAGGAAAAUAAGUGCUCAUUGAUGAAUGACACAAUUGAAGCGGUACGGAAAUGUUCCAGAGAUGAUUUGCUUAAUGUCUCAUGGGAGCCUAAUUUAGAUGUUCAUAAAGAUAGCCAGAGCAAUAUUUCUCUUCCUUUUGUAAGUAUUAUGAUGACAGAUCAUAGUAGAGCUGAUUCCUCUACUCAAACUGAUCCAUUAGUAUCUCACAUCAAUUGUAGUGUUGUGGAUGUAAACUUGUCGAUUGGUAAAGAAUUUAAUUUUGAAGAUUCGAUUUGCAAUGAGAAAACCGAUUCGAAUUUAGUAAGCAGACGUUACAGAAAAAAAUCUUUCGAAGACAACGGGGAUAUUCGACCCUCGAAGAAAAUAAAAUGUUCAAAAGAAAAUACAAGCUAUGUGACGGAUUAUUUGACGGAAAAUAAGUCAUUUAAAUCAUCAGACUCGUCGAGCAGAUUGUCGUCAGAUUCAGAAGUAUCGUUUAAAUCUGUAAACAGUAACAGCUCGUAUAAGAUACGCAAAAGAAGAUUGAAAUCUGAGACAAAUUUACUGAGGGACGCAUUGCACAGAGCAAGAAAGAAUAUAAGUAAUUGCGAGACACCGCGCAGGGAUAAAGGAAAUCGAAGAGUGAACCGAGCGAAGUCAUGGCGUAUUUUGGAUAUUUGUACCUGGCUUGGACGGAAGGGUUACCAGUCUAUAACUGGUCUAUACUCCGAGAUGCUUCAAGAGCCUAGACCUUGCAGCAGGGACUGUGGAGGCAGUUUUGUGGUGGAAGAAGUUAAAGAGUUGAGAAAGUUUGUAGAGGAACUAAAUACGAAACAGUCGCGGCUAUCUCUAGAGAACGAGGAGCUUCACGAGAGAGUUAAAAAGAUGACCAUCAAAAUCGAUGAUUUGGAGGAUAAGCUAAGCAAGCAGCAAGUAGCUAAGCCAACAGUUCCAGUAAAGGGUGCCCCGCCCCCUCCACCACCGCCACCGCCCCCGCCACCACCUCCGCCGCCGCCUCCCGCCACAGUGACCAAGCUGCCGGUGCGCUCCAACACUCUGCCACGCUGCGGCUCUGCACCGCCCAGGAUCGCCGCGCCACGCCUCACCAUCACCCCGGAGGACAUUGCCAAAGUCAAGCUCCGGAAAGCCAAGGAUAAUCCGGUGAAGUGUAAGCCGAUUCCUAAAGAGAGUCAGCCGCUCGUCACUCAAGACAUGCUGCAGUCGACGCGCGCCAAGCUCGGCCGAUCUCGGCCCGUCGCAUCUUCUACGCCAAAACAACAGCUCACGGAACUUGAGAAAUGUUUGCUGCAAGAGACAUCGGUAACGUCACUGUUCCGGCGGCGCGCGUCUCGCGGCUCAUUCCGUAGCGCGGAGGAGCUGCGCGUGCGGCCAUAUCCCGCCCGCUCGCCGCGCUCUCCACGCUCCCCGCAUUCGCCGCGCGCCAACUCCCUGUCGCGCGCCGCCACCAUCGCGCCAAUCAAAUUCCCGCUAUUAAUUACAAAUAAUGAAUAAAAGUGACAAUGUCCGUGUGAGUUGUCAAAUCCACGAACUUGUGGAUGCGUUAAUCAAAAAUUAAUAUCAUAUAUCGGUUCAAAUGUGAUUAUUUCCGUUAAUUAAUAUUUUCACUGCAAAUAUGUAAUUCUUUGUGUAAUAUUUAUCAUUUUUUAUAAAGAGUUUUACGGCCAGAUGUUUUAUAGAACAUAAUUAGUGAUCCAUUUCGCCUUUUAAAUGUUUAAAAACGUUUUGUUGUCUUUCCAAAUUAGUUUUUUAUUACGACAACGUUAAUAGUAAUUAACACAUUUUUUUAUUUGCAAUUUGCAUGUUUUAAAAAAUUAAAUACCAUACGGAAAAAUAAGCAGAACGGGAGUUGACCAUAAUCGUUAGUUUAUUUUGUGAAAAUAAAUAAGACUGUUGAUGAGGAAUAUUAUUUUAGUCUCGUGGAAAGAAGGUAAAAAAAAACAAUUUGAUGGGGAUGGGUCCAUAAAGAACACUUUGUAUGAUGAAGUGGUUAUUGUACUUUUCUUAAAUUUUGUAAGGAUCAUAAAGUACUAUUUGAACAUCUUUGAUAACAAUAUAUUUUUUUAACUAAAUAACUUUGUCUUCUAAAAUCGAACCUAUAAAAUCUUGCAGUAUUCGUAUUUGUUUUAUAUAAAUAGCAAAUAAUUAAUAAUUUUGGACUUGAUGGACAUUCCGGGUUUUGUUAUAAACUUAGAGAUACUUUAUUGUAUAUUAUGCAUUUAUUUUCAAUAAAUUUGAUUAUUUUAGUUAUUU